GUGGGAGAACAAGGACGUGUACGCCGCAGCCAUCCGGAGCUUGAGGAUGCGAGAGCUGCAGACUCCGGAGUGCAUGACCGCGGUGCGCGCUGGGCUUGGGUCCAUCAUCCCCCUGCAGCUGCUGACGACGCUGACCCCUCUGGAGAUGGAGCUGAGGACGUGCGGGCUCCCGUACAUCAACCUGGAGUUCCUCAAGGCACACACCAUGUACCAGGUGGGCUUGAUGGAAACGGACCAGCACAUCGAGUUCUUCUGGAGCGCGUUGGAGAUGUUCACCCAGGAGGAGCUCUGCAAGUUCAUCAAGUUCGCCUGUAACCAGGAGCGGAUCCCCUUCACCUGUCCCUGCAAAGACGGAGGCCCCGAUACUGCCCACGUCCCGCCGUACCCCAUGAAAAUCGCGCCCCCCGACGGCGCUGCAGGUUCUCCAGACUCCCGGUACAUCCGUGUGGAGACGUGCAUGUUUAUGAUCAAACUCCCGCAGUACUCCUCGCUGGACAUCAUGCUGGAGAAGCUCCGAUACGCCAUCCACUACCGGGAGGAUCCGCUCAGCGGCUGAGGGGGAGAAGGGGAUGCCUAGAGGCGACUGCCUGGGUGGUUUCGUGACUCUGCUGACGGUGGAAACCCUUCGAUUCACGUGAAAAUACCUCCUGUGACACUGUGUGACGAGCUGGAGGUUAAUUUAUUUUCUGAACUUCUGUUCCCGUUACAAUGACGACUUACAUUUUGUAUUUGUAGACUUUGUGGUGGACUGGUUAUUUUGCUGCCUUGUUUGUGGAAUAUUUGUAGGAUAGUUUAGUAAAGACCGGUUUGUGUAUAAUUUAAUUUUGAAAAACCUUUAAACAUGUACAUUUCUAAUUUUGUAACGUAGAACAACAUUACCCAUGCAAACACAACAAGAGCGAGGGCGUUCUGAG